AUGCUGUUUGCCAACCUUCGCGGCUCACUGGGGCCACAGCUGAAGCCGCUCGCUUACUCCGCGUUCGGCCUCUUCUUCAAUGGACAAGCGACUCGCUCAGCCUCUUCGUCGACAAAGUAUAUGCUUCGAAAACCGUCCCCUAGUGCGCCUAGGGAGGUCCCUCGGCCUUUGGUAAUCCUGAGCGCGGAGCAGUGGGAUAAGGAUUCAAAGGACGGGCAAGUAAUGCAAGGUUUCGCAGCAGCAUACGCCGAGCGGGGUUACACAACGCUCGAGAUCGAUCUCGCGCCACCCCCAUCAGAAGAUUCGGCCAGUAAAACUUCCAAAGCGCUGAUAGAAGCUGACCUCCCACGUACGACUGGCUGCUAUACCGUUCCCUCCGUUAUAAUCGCGCGGGCAGGUGCAUGCAUUGUCGCUCAAUCGUACAUCGAGUCGAACCCCGCAUACGCUCUCGCUCUAAUUGAACCACCUCUCCAAUCGAGUUGUGUCCCCAAGUUACUACCGACACCCACCAAGGAGUUCACAUUUGAACCUCGUUUCCCUAUCGCCAUUAUUUCGACAUCAGAAAAGAUUAAGGGGCACCGCAUACCCACCAAAGGCCCCAAUAUCCCACGCGGUGUCUUGACUAAGAUCACGGACUUUGGAAGCAACCCCACGAGCGUAGAAAACUUUGUUUACGUUCCUACAAAACUGAGGUCCAAGCCUGCACUCCUUGCCGCAAUUCAUUACUGCACUGGUACAGCCGAUGCCUAUUAUUCCGGAACUCAGUAUAAGCAGCUGGCCGAUCAGUAUGGCUUCAUCGUCCUAUACCCCGAUGCUCCCGACAGCGGAGGAUGCUGGGACGUUCACAGCAACGAAACGCUCACCCACAAUGCCGGAGGUGAUUCUCUUGGUAUCGCUAACGGACUCCGGUACCUCAUUGCCCAAUACGGCGUCGACACCAGCAAGGUCUUCGCAACCGGAACAUCGUCAGGAGCAAUGAUGACCAACGUACUGGCGGCAUUCGCAGGUGUUCCGUAUGGCUGCUUUGCUGGCCCCAGCACGUGGAACAAUGAUUGUUCUACUGGUCAGCUUAUCAAAACCGCUCAACAGUGGGGAGAUCAAGCUCGCUCCGGCUAUCCUGGGUAUAAAGGUCGCCGACCCAAGAUGCAACUCUGGCAUGGCUCUGUCGACACAGGGCUCCAUACCCAGAACUUCUACGAGGAGAUCAAGCAAUGGACCAACGUGUUCGGUGUCAGCCAGACCCCAACUGCUACCACUCAAAAUUGGCCACUCCUCAAUUGGACUAGGACGGACUAUGGACCCAAUGUUCAGGCAAUUCUGGCUAGCGGUGUCGGCCAUGACAUCCCAGUGCAGGCGACGCAGGUUAUUCAAUGGAUGGGGUUAGACAAGUGA